GCCACGUCGCCGCGCCAGAGACCCGCGUUGAGGGAGCUCGAGCGCUUCCGGUCCAGACGGGUCCGUGAUUCUCGCGCGCUCCCGGUAGGCAGGCUGCGAUCGCGCGGGAUCUGUUUCAGCGCGAGAGGUGCACAAGGCGCACGCGCACGGUCACGACACGUCACACUGUACAAAUGACCGACAGAAGAUGGGAUCAACAGAGCAGCUCGAUAUGGAGGUAAUGACGCCGCUGAUGGAGGAGGAGGGAGGGGACGAGAACUCGGACGAGGAGAGCGAGCCCAAGCAGCAGCCACGCGGCAUCACGUUCACUCAGACGUUGCUGCACCUGUUAAAGGGGAACAUUGGUACAGGGCUGCUGGGAUUGCCGCUGGCAGUGAAGAAUGCUGGGAUAGUGUUGGGUCCAGUGUGUUUGGUGGUGAUGGGUGUGGUCUGCGUCCACUGCAUGCACGUCUUGGUGACCUGCAGCCAUCAGCUGAGUGAGAGGUUGAAGAAGUCUCCCCUCGGCUAUAGCGACACGGUGGCUGUUGCCAUGGAGACAAGCUCCUCCCACUGCCUGAGGAAAGGUGCUCAUUUUGGGAGACACUUGGUGAACUUCUUCCUGGUUUUGACCCAACUGGGCUUCUGUAGUGUUUACUUUGUCUUCCUGGCAGAAAACAUUAAGCAGGUGGUGGAGGGUCACCGUCUAAACUCUACAGCAGCAGCGCCGGUGAUGACGCUGUACUCUAACAGCUCAGAGGGGGGCGGUACUGAUGCUGCGGUUUCCGGGGCAAUGAUGCUGGACCAGCGGGUGUACAUGCUCUUCCUGCUGCCCCUCCUCAUCCUCGUGUCCUUCAUCACUGACCUGAGGAGCAUGGCCGCCCUCUCGGCCGCUGCCAACGUCUGCAUGGCCAUCAGCCUGGUGCUCAUCUUCACCUACAUCCUCCACGAUGUCGGAGACCCCCGGCAGCUCCCGUUCGUUUCCACUUGGAGUAAAUUCCCCUUCUUUUUCGGGACGGCCAUCUUUGCUUUUGAAGGGAUCGGAGUGGUGCUUCCUCUGGAGAACCAGAUGAGGGAGCCGAAGCGCUUUCCUCAGGCUCUGGACAUCGGCAUGGGCAUCGUCAUCAUCCUCUACGUCUCCCUGGCGACGCUCGGCUACCUGCGCUUCGGCGACGACAUCAAAGGGAGCAUCACGCUCAACCUGCCGCACGACACCUGGUCUAAUCUCCUGGUGAAGGUUCUCUACUCGUUCGGCAUCUACGUGAGUUUCGCGGUGCAGUUCUUCGUCCCGGCGGAGAUCGUGGUGCCGGCGGUCUGCGAGCGCGUGUCCGAGCCCUGGAGACGACUUGCUAACCUCUGCACCCGAACGCUGCUCGUCAUUGUCACCUGUGUGGUGGCCAUUCUGGUUCCUCGGCUGGACCUCGUGAUCUCUUUGGUGGGUGCGGUCAGUAGCUCUGCCCUGGCGCUGAUCUUCCCCCCGCUGGUGGAGCUGGUGGUCCACUCUGUCCGUCCGUCCACAUUCCUCCUCCUGAAGGAUCUGUCCAUUGCUGUUUUGGGUUUUCUCGGCUUUCUGACCGGAACUUACGUAACCGUGGGAGAGAUUAUUUACCCUGAAGAGCAGGGACGCGCUCGUCUCCAUGACGACACGAACUGGACCACACCCACUGCCCCGCCCCUUUAAUGACCACAGCUGGCCAUCAUUGUCCAGGACAAUUCUUAUACACAUACAUACAUAAACAUAAGCUCACUACAGUCUUCACUGCUUUGAUAUUGUACACUCCACGUUCAUAUUCUCUCACUCCAGGCUUUAAAUCCUAUGUUAAAUCCCAUGUUUUGUUGAUUUUCUAAAUAAGAAUAAGUAAACACAUCCUCUACAGCGAA